UUAGUUAUAUUAAAUUAUAAAACGAAGCAGAGAUAAAAAGUCGUUAAUAAAAGAUGGCUUCACCGGCAGCACUGCAAAGGUCUCCACUUCCUUCUUCCACCACUCCCUCGUCUACGGCAUCCCCUUUCCAACGCCUCUCUACCUUAAAAAAUCCCUCCUCUUCCUCCCCUCUUCUACUCACCGCCACCGCUGCUUCCCCCUUAGAUUCCUUUGCCAAGGACCCUAUUCUCUCCCCUUUUCUCUCUCCUUCCUUCUCAUCCACUUCCUUCUCCUCUGCCGCCCUUUCUUCUGGCUCCCCCGCCUCCACUGCCGAACAUCUCCACCAUGCCAUCCGUCUCCUCGAAUCUCAACUCCGCACUGAAGUCCUAUCUCGUCACACCGAACUCCUCAACCAAUUAUCAUCUCUCAAGCAUGCUGAACAUGCUCUCUCCACCGUUCGAUCUGCUGUAUCCUCCCUUCAGUCAUCUGUCCGCCGUGUACGAUCGGAGCUUUCCAAACCCCACACGUCCAUACUGUCCAAAACCAUUCAACUCUCCAAUCUCCAUUCUACCGCGGAGUUUUUGCAACACAUGAUCCGUGCUUUCCGACUCUCUAAGAAGCUCCGUGAUCUGAUAUCGGCAUCGGAGUCAGGGCCCGAGAAGCUGGAUCUGGCCAAGGCAGCGCAGCUCCAUUGUGAGAUUUUGAAUAUGUGCAAUGAAUAUGACUUGAUGGGGAUUGAUUGCAUAGACGAAGAGCUCAAUCGGGUUAAAGAAAUUGGCGAAAGAUUGCGAGACGAGGCAAUGAAAGUUCUGGAGAGAGGAAUGGAGGGACUGAAUCAAGCUGAAGUUGGUACAGGAUUGCAAGUGUUCUAUAAUUUGGGAGAGCUAAAGGUUACUGUGGAACAGCUGGUGAAUAAGUACAAGGGAAUUGGGGUGAAGAGUGUGAGUGUGGCGUUGGAUAUGAAAGCCAUCUCUGCUGGAGGUGGCGGUGGUGGAUAUGGGCCAGGAGGGAUAAGAGGGAGCGGAACACCGCAAAUUGGAGGAGGGGCGAGGGCCAGAGAAGAGCUCUGGCAGAGGAUGGGAACGUGUAUGGAUAAAUUGCACUCCGUAGUGGUUGCUGUCUGGCAUUUGCAGAGGGUCUUGUCCAAAAAAAGAGAUCCGUUUACGUAUGUCUUGUUGCUUGAUGAAGUUAUCAAGGAAGGUGAUUCCAUGUUGACCGAUCGAGUUUGGGAGGCACUUGUGAAAGCUUUUGGAAGCCAACUGAAGUCUGCUUUCACCGCAUCAAGUUUUGUUAAGGAGAUAUUUACUGUGGGAUAUCCAAAGCUCUUCUCACUGAUAGAGAAUCUGUUAGAAAGGAUCUCACGAGAUACAGAUGUCAAAGGGGUUUUGCCAGCCAUCAGCUUGGAAGGGAAAGAACAGAUGGUUCAAGCUAUUGAGAUUUUCCAGACAUCUUUCUUGGCUUUGUGUUUAAGUGGCCUUUCAGAUCUUGUAAAUACUGUUUUCCCAGUGUCUAGCCGAGGAAGUGUUCCCUCCAAAGAACAAAUCUCUCGAAUUAUAUCACGCAUUCAGGAAGAAAUUGAAGCUGUUCAGUUGGAUGGGCGUUUGACUCUUCUUGUUUUGCGUGUAAUUGGCAAGGCUUUGCUUCUGCUUGCAGAACGAGCUGAAUACCAGAUCUCUGCUGGUCAUGAGGCUCGCCAAAUUAUGGAUCCAGCAACUCCAGUACAAGUCAAGAACUUUGCAUUAUGUCAGCAUCUACAAGAAGUUCACACACGCGUAUCAUCUAUGAUUGUUGGACUGCCCACUAUAGCUGCAGAUGUAUUAUCUCUCUCACUGGGUGCAAUUUAUGGGGUUGCUCGUGAUUCAGUCACACCUUUGUUCAAAGCAAUGGUUGACUGUCUAGAGUCAUGCAUCUUGCAAAUGCAUGAACAAAACUUCAGUUGUCCUGGCAUGGAUGCUGCAAUGGACAAUAAUGCUUCCCCUUACAUGGAGGAGUUACAGAAGUGCAUUCUUCACUUUCGUAGUGAGUUCUUGUCGCGGCUGUUACCACCUUCUGCAAAUAGCACAGCUGCGGGAGCAGAAACUAUGUGCACCCAGCUUGUACGAAGCAUGGCAUCACGGGUUUUAGUAUUCUUUAUUAGGCAUGCUUCUCUUGUAAGACCUCUUUCAGAAUCAGGUAAACUCAGAAUGGCUAGAGACAUGGCUGAGCUGGAGUUAGCUGUAGGCCAAAACUUGUUCCCAGUUGAACAACUCGGUCCACCCUACAGAGCUCUCCGAGCAUUUCGGCCUCUUAUUUUCUUGGAGACGUCUCAACUGGAAGCAUCCCCUCUUCUUCAAGAUCUGCCGCCAAGUGUCAUACUGCAUCACCUUUACUCCCGAGGCCCUGAUGAAUUACAGUCUCCUUUGCAAAGAAACAAACUUACACCUUUGCAGUAUUCAUUGUGGCUAGAUUCUCAAGUUGAGAAUCAGAUUUGGAAAGGUAUUAAAGCCACACUUGAUGAUUAUGCUGUGAAAGUUAGAUCCAGGGGAGACAAGGAAUUUAGCCCUGUGUACCCUCUUAUGCUUCAGUUAGGAUCCUCUUUGACGGAGAAUGCUCCUGUGUCCCAAAAGCCUUAAAUUCUUGUACGUCUCUUUUAACGCCAGAAAGUUAAAAUCCCCCUGCCUGAUGAUUUUUGCCUGCAUCGUAAGUGUACAGGACAGUCAUGAUGAAGCCACAUAGAGAGUUGAGCAAAUUUUCCAUUUAAGGUAUACGUUUUCUUUGGGUUUCAGUUUUGUCUUCAUUUUUUUUUAAUAACUGAAGUGUUUCUUCAGCUUGUCUCCCUCAAAAAAUAGAGUUGAUCUCAUUUAAUUGGUUAAAUUUUCUUUUACCGAGUGUUCUAC